AGCCGGGGCUCGCUCUCCCCGUGCGCGGGGGAGGCGGCAGCAGCAGCCGGGCCGCAGGACGCGGGCGGGGGAGCAGCGCCCGGCAGCGGGAGGAUGGGAGCGGGAGGCGGCGCGGCGCAGCGCGGCGCUGGGGCGUUCGGCUGCUCGGAGGCUUGAAGCCCAUUUCCCGCCCGGCGGCGGCGGAGCGCGGGGGCGGCGGGGAUGGAGCGGCGGAGCCCCGCUGCAGAGCGCUGCGCCGCGGGAGCCCAGGCUGGUGCGGAGCCCGGCGAGCUGCUCCAGCGAGCCCUGGAGUUCAAGAGCCAAGGGGCGCAGUGCUACAAGGACAAGAAAUUCCGCGAGGCCAUCGGCAAGUACCACCGGGCGCUGCUGGAGCUGAAGGGGCUGCCGCCGCCGGAGCCCGGCUCCUCCGCCGGCUGCGCCGCCAGCCCGGGCGCCGCGCUCACCGCGGAGCAGAGCCAGAGCGCGGAGAGCAUCGAGAUUGAUUGUUACACCAGCCUGGCAGCAUGUCUGCUCCAGGCUGAGCUGGUGAAUUAUGAGCGAGUCAAGGAGUAUUGCCUCAAAGUGCUUAAGAAGGAAGGAGAGAACUUCAAGGCUCUCUAUCGAUCAGGCGUAGCGUUCUACCACCUCGGUGACUUCAACAAGGCACUGGACUACUUGAAAGAAGCAAGGUCUCGACAGCCAACAGAUACCAAUGUCAUACGCUAUAUCCAGCUGACGGAGAUGAAGCUUAGCAGAUGUUCCCAGAGGGAGAAAGAAGCCUUGUAAAAAGGAACCUGCUUCAGUGACCAGGGGGACAUUUCCUUCCCAGAUGCUCAUUGGGUAGAUCUUUCCAUUUGCUUCACCCUGUCCCCAUCUCUCCAUCCUCCCUCCGGCGCUCUUAAUUUAAUCCCAGUUUUAGAAGAGACUCGGACUCUGGGUUUGGCUGCUUGGCAGCACAGUGAUCGUAACCCAGUCCCCUCAGUGGAAGAGCACAGUGGCUGCAGCCUGCCUGAUUCCGGGACAGUGGCAAAAGGUUGGAGGAAGUGAUGAGAGGCACAUCUUUAGCCUUGGGCUGACUGCUUGCUGCAAUGCUGCACUGAAGAAAACAUCUCUGAGGCUAUGAUUUACCAACCAACAAACUGGAGACAAGCAUUUCCUACUGGUAGCUAUCACUGGAAUUCUACAGAGCCAGAAAACUAAGAGAGCUGUUGGCCACUUCAGGAGGGGAAGCAGAUUCCCCUUUCACCAGUUCCCCUGUGCCUUCCUCUCCAGCUCUGUAUUUUAAGGCCCUAUAGGAGUUCACGCACUCCAGAACCAAUGCCAAUUAAAGCCAGUCUAAACAUCCUUUUAAUAAAAGCACAGAGCACCCUGUGAUACUCCUAAACAGCAGCCCCAGUGCUGGGGGAGUGGGUUCUGGGAGUGCUGUGGAACUCGGAAAGGUGUGAGGUGCACUGCACAGUGUGGGGCUUAAACUGUGGAAUAAUUAUCUGCCAAUAAAAAUUGUGAAUGGUCACCAAUUCCACACAUUACUUUUAGAAGGGAUUCCUGGGUUCCUAAUCUCCAGAGAGGCAGCAUAGUCUAGAGAAAUAAGCAUGGGGCUGGGAGCCAGGAACACCUACAUUCUUAUCUUGGCUCUGCCAAGGCCUUGCUGGGUGGCCUUGGGCAAGUCACUUUUCCUCUCUGUGCCUCUGUUUCCCCAUCUGUACAAUGGGGACAGUAGCUCUUCCCUACCUCGCAGGGGUGUUAGGGUUUAUUAGUUAAUGUUGUAAGUAACAUUACAGUAAUAUACAGUGCUAAGUAUUAUUAGUACACUGGAUUGAGGUUGCAGUCUGUCUGGCUUGUGUUGGUGCUUCCUGUGUUCUUUCCUUUUAGAGAAAUUAAUGCUUGUGAAAGGUACAGGAUUGACCACCCUGGAUUGAAGACUUGUAUCUUCACAGAACAGGUACCAUCAGUCCAAACUUCCCCAAAUUCCCCCUUAGAUCACAUCUGGGGGGUCAGCAGGAUGUUCAGUCUCCAUGGCCCAUCAGCUUUUGGUCUUUUUGCUGAAACUGCCAACGAGGGGGUCCUUUAGUGAUGUGAACACACAUCCACUGGGAAACAGCCCUUCUCUCCUCCCUACAAGUGAUUCCAGAUGGUGCACUAAGCACCCCUCAUGCAGUCAUGGCUUUCACUCAGCCAGCUGCAUGUGAACUGGCUGUUGUCUCCCAGCUGUCAGUAUGGAAGUGAGCAGUGUACAGCACAACUGAUAUGUUUGAUGUGGAAAGUGGGCUCCAGUAUCCCCAAUCCAGUCAAUGGAUACAUUGUAUUUUCUGGGCAAAGUAGAGGGUCAGCGUAGAUAAAUAUCCAGAACAGCUGAAACAUAUCGCUCAGAAAAACGCCCAACAUAACAGCACAAUGGUGCCACCUUAAAGUCAGCAUCCAGGAUGACCGCCCUGCUUGCCCACCCCUAGGACUGGCCCUGCCUCCACUCGCCAGGACCAGGAUGUAAGCAGGUAAAGAGACUGGAGCCACUGCCACCAACAUCAUAAGUCCAGGGUGAGGGUAGACUAA